CCGAGUCGCGCGAAUGGAGUGUUAGUGUGUGGGUGCUGGGGUGUGGGCACCCACUGGACUGUGGUGACCUCCCCGUGAUUACCGUGACCCUCAUCAUCAGCACUGAGUGUGACUCCAUCAUCAUCAUCAGCAGCAGCAGCAUCAGCACCGCUCCUCGAGCGAACCUGAGUUCUGACCAGAAGCCUUGGAGCUUCCGAAUCCCCCCCGUGCCGCCCGUGGGUGUGGAGCAGCAGGUUCUCAGUGACCCGCGCGAACUGCGCGCUCUGGAGGAUCUUCCCGCGUCUCCUCCAUUCAUCUUUCUGGAACUCUCAGCAGUGCCGCGUGGGUGUGUGGGCGCGUGAGGAGAGUGAGUGAGUGUGUGUGUGUGCGUGUUUGUGCCAGCGACCGUGAGCCCGCGAACAUACAUCCCGAGCUCUUCCACGUCACGGACUCCCCACGGCUUGAGUCCCGGUGACACGCACAAACACACUAACACUAACACACACACGAGCGCGCGCCCCAGCGCCACAGCCAGCAGUGUGAAGACACGUGAGGUGAUGGACCUGCUCCAAUAACGCUCUGCGGAAAGGAGAACCGGCAGGACCCUCACGGACCCGGCUUCCACGCGGGACGGGUGCUGAUGCUGCGCGCGGAGGUGAUGAUGACUCUGAUGACCGUUAUGAUGAUGAUGAUGAUGCUCCUGGUUCUUCUGCUCCUCUGGAUGAGUGUCUCGAGCCAGGACGCGAGCUCGCGGGGGGCAUCGGUCCGCCACACCGUCUUCUGGAACCGGAGCACCGCCGGGUUUUACCACGGCGCAUACCACAUUGAUGUGUGCAUCAAUGACUACCUGGACGUGUUCUGCCCGCACUACUCAGGCGCGGUGCCGCCGGAGCACACGGAACGCUACGUGCUCUACAUGGUGAACUACGAUGGUUACCGCACCUGCGACCACACGGCUAAGGGCUUCAAGCGCUGGGAGUGCAACCGGCCGUAUGCACUCGGCGGGCCCCUCAAGUUCUCCGAGAAAUUCCAGCUCUUCACACCCUUCUCGCUGGGCUUCGAGUUCCGGCCCAGCACCGAGUACUACUACUUGUCAUCCAACAUGGCUGCAGGUGGGACCAGGAGCUCCUGUCUGAAGCUGAAAGUGUUUGUCCAGCCUUCAAACAGCUGUGUGAGAACGACUGGAGCCCAUGACCACAUCUUUGAUGUUCAUGACAAUUCUCUGGAACCCAGAGAUGACACCAUUCAUGAGUCUGCUCAGCCAUCAAGGGGCGAUGUCAACUUGGCGGAGUGUCACCCCAGUUCCUGUUUUUCCUUGCUGGUGGUGCUGCUGCAUCUACUCACACUACUGGUCACAUAGCACCUGUUAGGCUGAGGAGCAAGGGCAAGCACCUUGAGCCCUCCAGGGUUGAUCUCCCCAUGCUGUUUACUUGAUGUUAGUGUCCUCGGCUGAUGUCUCAGAAGGACAGGUCCAGGGAGGAGCAGCGUGAAGGAGCAAUGCCUGGUUUACACUCAGACACAUGUACACACUCCUGAAGCCCCUUGCCGUGAUAAAAUGAAAGCCUUCUGUUGUCUUGUGUCCAUGUCAGGUAGACCCAUCACCCCCGUGUGUUCAGGGUAUAAAGACCUGCUCAGAGGAUGGUAGGCCUGGGCUCAUCUAUGAAGGCUGACAAACAUCACCUUCAAGGAAAAGAGGAGCUUAUGUUUAUGCGGUUUUUAGGCAUCAAGAACAUGUGUGGAGAUCAGCACCACUGGAGACCAGUGAGCAGGAUGGUGGGCCAGCAUGGUCGCUCCUCUGGAUCAUAUUCUACAGCACAGUUUUCAAUAGAACUCCUUCCGUAACUCCUUGGUGUCCUCAGUGUCCUUUCAGAACAGCUGGUGUCUCCAGGUGUAUGGAAAACAAGUCUAGGAGACACCUCAGCAGUCAAACCUAAGCAGAAAUUGAGGUUGGAAAGUAUCCCCACAGUGAUGAGAAUGAUGAGAAUAUGGACACAAGACCAGAUGUCCUUGGUGAUCUCGGAGAUGGGUGAAAACUGCAGUAUACUGCAGAAUUCAUGUUCCCACAUGUGGUCAGGUGCCAUAGGUGGUUCCUGUCUGGGUUUGGACCCUGUCCCACCACGUCGCACCAUCUCCUACCACAUCCCACCUGUUCUGUCCACACCCUACCACAUCUCACCAAGUCAUGCCAUCUCCCACCAUGUUGCACCGUCUCCUGCCACGUCAUACCGUAUCCCACCACAUCCCACCACUUCUCUCCAUGUUCUACCACAUCCCACCACAUCCUAUCACAUCCCACGAUGCCACACCACUCCAUGUCCUACCAUAUCUUGCCAUAUCAUGCAAUGUCCCACCACAUUGCACCAUCUCCUACCAUGUCAUUCUACACCCCACCAUAUCAUACCAAUCCCACCAUGUCUUUCCACAUCCUACCACAUCCCUAAAUCUCAUAUCAUCAGAAGAAGACAGGAUCAUGUUGUUCCUUCAGCAGGAUUCUAUGGACCAAACCCAGGAAUCUGGCCUACUUGUUGUACCUUUUCCGGGAAUGGUGCUCUCUUUAGUGUGGAUACUAUAUAUCCUUGACUAUCAUCAGGAGGACCACAUCAUGGACAUGCUGAUACCCGGACAAGAACAACAGGCUACAAAUAAUGUUUGA